CUCCACCGAGCCACGCGAGAAAAAUCUGACGUAAUCGGGCUCGGUCUUGACGCGCGCGUGAAUGGCAGGAUGGGCAGCGGUGUGCAGAGCAUCUUCUCGAUCCGCAGUUGAGGAACUGGAUCAGCAAGUCGACAGCGGCAUGGGCAGUAGCGACGCACGUUCCCCCGAAGUGAAAUCGCUCCUCCCGGACGACGAUGACGACGACGAGGAGGAUGAGAGCCUGUCGGAGAGAUUAAUAGGACUCACUGAAAUGUUCCCCGAACCAGUACGCAAUUUUGGAUAUAACGUUGGAACCUGUUUAUGCACCUGUAUCAAAGGUCUAUAUGCAUAUUCGUGUUCGGCCACGUGGCUGGUCUUCAGCUCAUCAGCGAUUCUCUUCGCGCCAAUCAUCUUCGAGAUGGAGCGCGCACAAAUGGAAGACCUGCAACGUACGCAGCAGAAACAGGUUCUCUUAGGUCCUAAUACGGCUCUGGCCGGUGUCAAUGCCUCGGGUCUUCCAAUGGCACCACCCGUUCAACGAUAGGCCAUUACGUUAUUAUUUCACACAAGCAUACACACACACACACACACACACGCAUGCACAUAGGGAUAAGCAGACAGAAAUAUCCUAACUAAAAAAUAAAUUGGGUCCCUCGCUCAAUUAUUUAUUAGUGCAACUUGUUCAAGGUUUUACAUAAAUUUACCGCGAUCACGAUAAACGAUUUUUAUCGGACGAGAACUUGCGUAAAUUGAAUGCGUAUGCGCUGAUCCGUCUAAGCUAAGAAUAAUUCGCGCGAGAUACACGAGAUAAAAAAAUUCAGAGUGCAGUAUGUAUCGGUCUAGUUCAUUCCUCUUUGUCUACAUUCGCGAAAACCAUUAUUAUCCCCGCCUGAGAAUUUUUAUCGGGAUGUGCGGACUGUCGUGAGGCAUUUUGUUGUUUUAUCAAUCAAUACUGAAACGGCGAUGAUUGCUGAUCGAAAAGCAAACGGUCGCAUUCCGCUCGCUGUGAAUAAACGACUGAAAAAAAUUGAGUAUGCAAUCAUUUGUGAUAGUCACUACACAAUGUCUGUUGCCGAUUAAUCGACUUAUCGCCGUAUGCCGUCACCUUUGGCGUACUUCACCUGUUACGAUAUAUUGUAAUUUCGAUAAAACAAAUAAAAAAAGAACAUAGUGAGGUAGUAUCUUUAAUACUGUUAUAUUGUGUUUGAUUGUUUGUUCAAUAUUUCUGUAAUAUUAUAUCGCCAAGGAAUAAAUGUAACGCAAAUCUUUACGGAGAAA